GUCAGAUUCGUUUCCCCUGAGCCAUGACGGGAACUCCAGGAUAAACUUUAAAUUUGAGACUAGAGAGAAAGGAAUAGAGGGGUUACAAAUGUAUUUUUAAUGUUUUAUAUUUUAAGUUGACCUAUGGAUGUAGUGUUAUUCUUUAAUUAUGAAAUAUUUUAAGAAGUUACAUACGCUUAACUAGAAACUUUGUUCAGAAUAAUAUUGUGUCGUGUUUGAAAUUUGAUCUAUAAACAAUAAACUUAAAUUUUUCGUUAUAAAAAUAAUGAAUUUAUGAAAAUUUAAAACAUCUAUGAAGAUUUUACAAUUUUAUUCUGUAUAUUAUAUUUUGCAUUCUGAGAAAUCUAAGAAUAUAUUCUAUAUCUCCAAAUACUUUAUUGUCAGCAUUUUAUAUAAUAUAGCCUGGGUAAUUCUAAGCCAGUGUGUGAGAACACAAAUUUUAUCUUUCACUUCAGUCAUUUUUUUCCUCCUAAGCCUUUAUUUCAUGUCCAGAAUACCACACAAAUUGAGGUGUUUGGGUGGUGAAAUUCCAGAUACACUGGAAUAAAAAUGCCUCAUUUUAAACUAUAUUUUUGGUUACAUUUUUAAUAAGAGAAUAGAAACACAAUUGGGGAAACACGGGCAUCUAUCACUGAAACAGCUAUACUUUCUGGAUGACUGGAAAAAUUGGGUUAUUUCAAACUUAUGGAACACAUAUGGAUAUCUUACAUAGAGAGAUAUUUUAACAUCACGUUUUCCUUAUUUAACAACCCUAAUAUAUUCCAGGUGAAACACUGAACAGUGUUGGCCUCAUCUGUGGACAUACUGAUGAUAGCAAACAUUUUCUGACCUAGGUACCAGGUACUUUACACAUGAUUAUCUCAUGUAAUCCUCACAAUAUGCCUUGAAAGUAGGUUAUUAUUAUCCUAAAUUUAUAAGAAACUGAGGUAAUACACCCAAGACUGCCUAACCAGUGACCAGUGGAGCCAAUAUUCUCAAUCCAGGCAGUCUGGAUUAAGAAACACUACCUCAUGUUGCCUCUUUCUGGAUUACAGUUGUAGCAACAAAAUGUCAAGGCCAGCACUGAGUAUUUUGCACCAACCUGUGAAUACACUCAAGGUUUUCAUACCACGUGUUCUGAUUUGGGAGAUUAAUAAACAUGAUCACCAUCAACCAUGAGAUAACCUGGUCUCAUUUUCAACUAUCACUAACUUGAGUACUUUGGGACAAACCUCUGGGCCCUAGUUACUUCAUGUGAGAAAACUAGAUGAUACUGAGAAGUCCUUUUCACUCCAAGAGAGAAAAAUAAUCCUUUAAAAGAUGUUCACAAUAAGAAGUAAGCACUAGGGAGAGGAAAAGAUAUAAAAGUAAAAGUGAAUGUGCACUGUGUAUUCAAUUAAUUUUGGUAUUUUAAAUCUUUUUAUUAAAAUAAUUAAGGCUAUACAGAGUUGCCACUUUGGCACAAUGGAAUUGGUGGCAUUUCUGGAGCACUGGGGCAUGGGCCUGAUGCCCAGACCAGCAUAGUGGGUGGAUCUGGUGUUGCCGCAGCUGUGGCAACCUGGAUUUGAUCCAUGGGCUAGGAACUCCAUGUGCCAAAGAGCAGCCAAAAAGGGAAAAAAAAGAAAAGAAUUAAGAAAAAAACAUUAUUAAUAAUCAGAAAAAAACCCUAAAUGCAACUUUAAAAUGUCUAUGAACUAGUUUAUCAAAUGGUUUUAGACAGGAAAAUAAAAGAGUAACUCAAAAUAAUUUUUCCUAAAUCGCUAUGUACAUAAUACUCCUUUUUUUCUUUAAUUUUUAGAAAGUUGGGCAUAAAACAAUACUGCUUCUUAACAUGGUAUCAGAAGACAGCUAUUGCUGAGCAUUUGAUUUAUACAGAAAUCAUGGUUCGACUGACCUUGGAUCUAAUUGCCAAAAACAUCAAUCUUAAAUCCCGAAAAGAAGAAACCAUUUCACAAUAUCUGAAGAAAAUAACUCAUAUAAAUUUUUCAGACAAAAAUAUAGAUGCAAUUGACAACCUCUCUCUUUGCAAAAAUCUAAGUGUUUUAUAUUUGUAUGAUAACCGUAUUAGUCAAAUCACUAACCUGAAUUAUGCCACAAACUUGACCCACUUAUAUCUACAAAACAAUUGUAUUUCAUCUAUGGAGAACCUCAGAUCAUUAAAGAAACUGGAAAAAUUAUAUCUGGGGGGCAAUUACAUUGCUGUCAUAGAAGGCUUAGAAGGAUUAGAAGGACUAAGAGAGCUUCAUGUUGAGAGUCAGAGGCUUCCCCCUGGAGAAAAGCUCCUGUUUGAUCCAAGAACUCUUCAUUCUCUGGCAAAAUCCCUCUCUAUACUGAAUAUCAGCAAUAAUAAUAUUGAUGACAUAAGAGACUUAGAAAUACUGGAGAAUCUUAAACAGCUCACAGCAGUUGACAACCAACUUCUGCAUGUGAAGGAUUUGGAGUUUUUGCUGAACAAGUUGAUGAAGCUGUGGAAAAUGGAUCUAAAUAGAAAUCCUGUUUGUCUCAAACCAAAAUACAGAGAUAGAUUGAUAUUGGUGUCCAAAUCACUGGAAAUCCUUGAUGGAAAAGAAAUUAAAAAUAUGGAAAGACAAUUCCUAAUGAAUUGGAAAGCAUCCAAAGAUGCCAAGAAAAUCAGCAAGAAAAGGAACAAUAAAAAUGAGGAUACAAGUAACUCAAACAUAGGUAACUUUGAAACGAUGCAUCACACAGUUCCUGUUUAUUACCCACAAGUGGGUAAGCCAAAAUUAGUUUUUUUCUCUGAUAUACAGAGAUACUUUGCAAAUGGAAAUGCAUCUCCAAAAAGCAUCGAAGAAGAUAACCCUAAAAUUACUGAAGAGAUGGGAAAUCUCUCUUUGAAGAAAUCUGAAAGCUUGCUGGCAAAAAUUGAUGUACAUGAACUUCACCCUCCUCAUAACUCAAAAGUAAAGGAAAAUUUGUAAACAAGUAAAUUCAUCCAUAAGUGAUCUGAAACGUUUGAUUCUUCACCUUUAUACUAUUAGGCAACAUGGUCUUUUGUGGUUUGUAGCCUUACAGUGUCUCCUAAGAAAAACGGCUGAAUUCUUGUCUGUUUCUUUGUAGAAUGUGAAACAGUGCUUUCCAAUUGCUUUAUUACUCAGUACAUAUAAUUUACUGGGGAAAUAAGGAUGCUUUCUUUUUGAACCAAUGGUAUUUUUGUGUGCUUCUUUCUUUUUUCUUUUUAGGGAGGCAUAUGGAGCUCCCCAAACUAGGGAUGGAAUAGGAGGUACAGCCGCCGGCCUACACCACAGCUCAGGGCAACGCUGGAUCCUUAACCCACUGGGCGAGGUCAGGGAUCCAACGGUAUCCUCAAGGACACCACUCAGAUUCGUUUCCCUUGCACCACAGCGGGAACCUCCGGUGUGCUUCUUUCAAAAGUGUAAACCUAACUACAGUUAUUGAAUGGGAACUGAGAUAAAAAACCUGAGGAUUAUUCUGAUUCACUAAUAUAAAGUGUGGAACGAUAUACUCAAAUACCACAAGUGCCACUAGUACUAUGUACUAGUUGGUAGUUCCAAUUUAAAAAUCUAUGGUAAAGGCUGAAAUUACGUCCUAAUACCAGAGCAGUUUCACUAAUGAUAUUUUAAUCGAUAUUCAAUUCUAUCUUGACCCCAAAGAACAUUUUAAAAUGUUCUGCUCUUUCUUCCAAUCGCACUGUUUCAAGGAUGUACUAAUUGCGUUGCUAGGGAAAUACCAGACAUCCGCUCAGACAUCACCUCCGAAGGCGAGGAGUCCAAGCGCGCGGAAGCCUCGGGGGGUCGCGGGCGUCAGGGCCUGGCUUACCGGCGGCGCCCCCUUUUCUAAAGGCGCCCGGGUAGAGCGCCUCCCCGCACAGCCGCCCUCCCUGCUCCCCGGGGGCCGCGAGGGCAAAAUGCCUCCGGCGAGUUCCCUGCCGGGAAACGCCGAAUUCGUGCAAUUAGCGAAAGAGCAGGGGCCCCGCGGGGACGACCGCGCCUCGGGUAACUUCCCAAAGUGCCACCGGCAGUGGGCGCGUUCGAGCUCAGGGCAGUUUACCUCGGGCGGCUCAGU